AUGAAACUUUUAAAGAUUAUUCUUUGUGCACUUAUUCUUAUCGAAAGCCAGAUGGUGGUUGAUUUUAUUUAUAGCCCUUUUAGUGAUUCAGAAUUUGCUUCAAAUCUGACUUUUUUCGUGAAGAAAAACUUUCAAGACCACCAAUUUAUUUUCAAUUUGAUUUAUAUUGCCACCAUCGAAGAUAUACAAAAAAUCUCAUAUAGCCCUGAUAUAAUUUUUGACGUUACCUUUAGCCUCUCAUUAUCAGAAUCCAUAAAAAAUCUGGCAGAGGAAAAGCAUGUCAUAAUUGCCUCAAUUAAUAAACCGCUUGAUUUUUUUUCUGACUGAGAAUUUUUUGUCCAUAAUUCCUGGGAAAAUCGAGUUGAAGCCUUGCAUGGCAUUAUUUCUUAUUUAAAUUGGCAAACUUUUAUAGUGAUUUCUGGCGAGAUUUACAAUGAAGAUGAUGAGUUUUUUAAUUAUUUUUAUGAUAAAGAUUGCCAAUGGUUUUCUUUCUCAAAUAGCAAUGAUAAAAUAUCAGCUGAUUUAUUCGUAGGGAGAGAAAUACAAUCGACUGGGAUUAAAAAUAUUGUGAUCCUAAACCAUGGAGAAAGCACAAAAUUGCUUUUGGAAAGUUUAGAAGAGCAUGAUUUGCUUACUAAUGGGACUGGGAUCAUUAUAGGAUGUGAAGGCUCCUGAAAUUUAUAUGAGAAUGGGAUUAUUUCUUAUGUAGAGUCUGGAUUAGAAAGCGCUGACUGUUAUUAUUGCUACAAAGGGUUAGCUUUUAUUAAAUUUUUAAAUUUAAUAUUAAGCUUUCCUUCAACAUCUGAUCCUUUUGCACUCCUUGAGCAUUUAAAUAAAAAUACAGUUAGGCAUCACCCAGUGUCUAAUUUCACUUUAAUAAAUACAAAAAAUAGGCAAAAAAGUAUUACAGGAACAAUUUUAAAUGGAAAUUUAGAAAUAUUAAAUCCUCUGGUUUAUCCAGGGAAUUCUUUAAUAGCGCCGAAUUCUCCUACUACAGAUGUCAAUAUAUGAAUCGCAGAUGGAACAAUAAAUCCAGGAGCUGAACCUGAAUUAUUGGCAACAACUGUGACAUAUGGAGAAUUUUAUGCCUUAAGCAUCUGAAAAAGCAUGCAUGCCUUAGAUGGCUUUGAAAUCACAGUCACUGAUACAGAUUGCGGAGUAACCACAUAUAACGCAGAUUAUGCGUAUUCAUGCUUUUAUAAACUACUCCCAACUCCUGGCGUCGGCUUUUUAACAUCACUUUACCCAUGAAUCACCAUGGGAUACAUUUAUACUUUAAGAGCUUUAAAUUAUUCAAUACCUCACAUUUCUCCUUACGCUCCUUCAAUCAUUACAGAAAACAAUACAGCUUUUCCAGAAUUCAUGACAGUCAUAAAAGAUGAGACUUUUAACACCCAAGUCAUUUUAAAUCUUGCAGUAAUUUUUGGAUGAAAAAAUUUUGUUGUUAUCUAUGAUGAGACAAAUAUAGCCAUGUAUAAUUAUUUUGUUGCAAAAUUAAAAGAAUUUAAUAUGAAUAUCGUUAAUCCGCCUGAAUUGCGAAAAAUUGAUACUUAUUAUACGAGGAAUGAUUAUCCGAAGUGAAAAGACUGAUUUAAAAAAUUACUAAAAAUAAGAUGAAGGCUUAUGGUUGGUUUUUUGACUCCGCCUUAUUGAUUUUAUAUAGCUGAAAGCAUGUAUGAUACAGGAUUUAGAGAAGGCGAUUUCUUUUAUUUAGCCAACGCAAGACUCUCUUAUUCACUUGUCUGGGAAACUGACGAAGUCCAGCGAAGAAAACUUAUAGAGCUUUUAUACGGAGGGAUUGUGGUUGCACAAGCCGAAUGAGUUGGAGAAUAUGGGCAGAUGCUAAAAAAUGGCUUUACAAAAGCAUAUAUAAAUGAUACAGAUUUUCGUUGCUUACUCCACCCUCAAUGAGCUAACUAAACUAAAUUUUGUAAAUUAAAUUAAUAUUUGCUUUCCAAUUGGGAUGUUUAAAAAAUUUUUUAGAAAAAAAGUUAUAUAUAAAUUUUUAAAAAAAAAAUUAACCUAAAAAAAUUUUUGUUCACGCUUGGAGGGAGAGUUAGCAUUUGACGCUGCAAUGCUCCUUCUACAUGGAAUAGAAUUUACUAUAAAAAAUGGUGAAAAUGUUAAGGAUUCUGCAGUAAUGAAUGCAAAUUUAAGAAAACAAAAAUUCACAGGGUGUUCUGGGACUGUAUCAAUCGAGCCUGGAAAUAACCAGAGAAGUUUGCCGACAAUAGGGAUAUAUAACUUAAGAUGAGAUGAGAGCUCACAAAAAUUAUAUGAAGAGCUUGUUGGAGAGUAUGACUACAGCAGUGCUCAGCUAAUCACUUUUUAUAAAAAUAUCAUAUGGUAUGAUAAUACAACAAAUGUACCGAGCGAUAAAUUGAGCUAUGAGAAUGGGUGUCCGUUUCCUGCAAGAAAGAUUUUUCGUUCUCGGAAAGGCUCCGAGGUGUUAUACGGAAUAGGGGCUGGACUUAUAGCUAUUACAAUAUUCUGUUCUUUUUGUAUAUGGGGAAAAUUUUGAAAAACAAUUAGGAUUAAGAAAUUAACGGUGGCUGCACAUGUCCAUUUUGAGGAUUAUAUUUUGAUGGGAGUUUUGGCUAUAGAUUUUUUUCAGUUUAUUUCACAAGGUCCAGAUAUAAGCAAACUGCACCCGUGGCUAUAUUUAUUAUGCACCUAUUCUAUGAUUAAUUUUGAGAAUUCUGUUGUAGGUGAUACUUACUGGAUCUAUCUAUAUGUCGCUAUGGCCAUUUCUAGCUAUUGAAUUUUUACGGCUUUUUUAUUAUUUUAUAGAUUAAGUAAGAUUUUAAGUAUGAUGUUGAAGCAUGCUAGAAAUCUUGCAUUCUUAUUGCUUCCUAUAAUUGCGCAUACUGCAUUUGUGCCUAUGAUUUCAGUUCUAUUUAGUAUUUUUCAGUGUGAUGAAGGGAUUGGUGAAGAUAUUAAUGAUUCUUUUAUUAAACAAGACUGUACAACGUAUUGCUGGAAUCACAAGCAUCUAUUAUGAGGAGGUUUCUCAAUAGUUUCCUUGGUAACAUAUAUCCCGAUAGCAAUUUAUCUUAGAUAUUAUUAUGAGGUUGCCAAUGAUCAUAUAAACAUUAGAGCAAAUCCGAUUUUCAUUAUAGAAAAAGCGAUUUGCCAAGUAAUUAUCAUUGUAUUGAGUAAAACCUUAAAAAUUUAUAGUGAAUCGCUACACGGACUUUGUUGCUGCAUCCUUUUUCUUAUUAUGAUUUUGCUAUGUCUCAAGCAAAGCUCAUAUAAUUAUCAUAGAAUGAAUCUUUGGCUUAUUACUUCAUAUCUGGCGAUUUUGGCAAAUUUUAUUGUUUCCUCUAUUUAUUGGGUAUCUAAUAUAGAUUCAAUGAUAUUAUGAUUUACUCUUGAAUACUCAGCGUUCGCUGUUUUAAUAGCAUCUGCUAUGGCAAUUCAAUGCAAAUAUCGCCCAAGUUUGCUAUAUACUGAUAAGGUAGUCGACAUCUCCAUUUUUUUCAAAUUUGAAAUAGGAAGUAAAAUUACAGCUAUGGAGCUAAAUCAGAUGAAAAGAGAAAUUAACGGUUCUAAGUACUCAAAGAAAACGAAAGCGUCAAAUGUUGACUCUCAAUCUUAUGUCUCUACAACCAAAGCAAUUAUGAUAUCUGAAUAG